UGCUGCCUUUUCGAUCUCGACCGCCGACAGGAAACUUGGCCGCUCGCCAUCCCGCUUCCCUACCUUCCCACCGCACCUCUCAGUCUCUCCUCUGCUAUAUAUCCCAUUUACCUCUCCUAUCUCUCUUCUGGCUUUUACUUUGAAGCGACUGUUGCUGUACUAUUGUGUUGCCAGCCAUGGCAAGCCCGACGUCCGGCUACUCGAUAAACGUCAAUGACCCCAGCUUGAUUUCGCUGGUCAACAAGCUCCAAGAUGUGUUCUCAACCGUCGGAGUCCAAAACCCGAUCGAUCUGCCCCAGAUCGCAGUCGUCGGAUCGCAAUCUAGUGGAAAGAGUUCAGUAUUAGAGAACAUUGUCGGCCGGGAUUUCCUCCCUCGCGGUUCCGGCAUUGUCACCCGAAGACCUCUCAUUCUGCAGCUCAUCAACAAGCCCUCGAGCAACCAAGCGAACGGAACGAAGGAAGACAAGCUCGAGACGACGGAUAAGGAGGCGAACCUGGACGAGUACGGAGAGUUCCUGCACAUUCCCGGACAGAAAUUCUACGACUUCAACAAGAUUCGCGAAGAGAUUGUUCGUGAAACCGACGCUAAAGUUGGCCGCAAUGCCGGAAUUUCCGCCGCUCCGAUCAACCUGCGCAUCUACUCGCCCAACGUGCUCACCCUGACCCUGGUCGAUCUGCCCGGUUUAACCAAGGUGCCGGUUGGGGACCAGCCGAAGGAUAUCGAGAGGCAGAUUCGCGAUAUGGUUUUGAAGUACAUUAGCAAGCCCAACGCCAUUGUUCUUGCCGUGACCGCCGCCAACCAGGAUCUGGCCAACUCGGAUGGCCUGAAGCUUGCCCGGGAGGUAGACCCUGAGGGUCAGCGCACGAUCGGUGUCUUGACCAAGGUCGAUCUUAUGGACGAGGGCACAGACGUGGUGGAUAUUCUUGCUGGCAGGAUUAUCCCUCUCCGUCUGGGUUACGUUCCGGUGGUCAACCGUGGUCAACGUGACAUUGAGAACAAGCGGCCUAUUUCCUACGCUCUGGAGCAUGAAAAGAACUUCUUCGAAGGGCACAAGGCUUACCGGAAUAAGGCCUCGUACUGCGGAACCCCAUAUUUGGCCAGGAAGCUGAACUUGAUCCUUAUGAUGCACAUUAAGCAAACCCUGCCAGACAUCAAAUCGCGAAUCUCCUCGUCGUUGCAAAAGUAUUCGUCUGAACUUGCACAGCUUGGCGACUCCAUGCUCGGCAACAGCGCCAACAUUAUCCUGAACAUCAUCACAGAAUUCAGCAACGAGUACCGAACAGUCCUUGAGGGUAACAACCAGGAGCUUUCUAGCAUCGAGCUGUCGGGUGGUGCUCGUAUCAGUUUCGUGUUCCACGAGCUGUACUCGAAUGGUGUCAAGGCAGUAGAUCCCUUUGACCAGGUCAAAGAUAUCGAUAUUCGCACGAUUCUGUACAACUCGUCCGGUUCAUCGCCUGCGCUUUUCGUCGGAACUACCGCCUUUGAGCUGAUUGUCAAGCAGCAGAUCAAGCGGUUGGAAGACCCUAGUAUGAAGUGUAUCUCAUUGGUUUAUGACGAACUUGUCCGCAUCCUCGGCCAGCUUCUGAACAAGCAGCUCUUCCGACGCUACCCCAUGCUCAAGGAGAAGUUCCACGCUGUUGUUAUCGCUUUCUUUAAGAAGUGCAUGGACCCAACAAACAAGCUUGUCCGGGAUCUCAUCAACAUGGAAUCCACCUACAUCAACACUGGCCACCCCGAUUUCCUCAACGGACACCGCGCAAUGGCCAUCGUAAACGAACGCCACGCUGCUGGCAAGCCGACCCAAGUUGACCCGAAGACCGGCAAGCCUCUCCCUCCGCGAGCAAACAGCCCUUCCGUCGAAGCUAUUCCAAAAGACGACAAUAGCUCUGGAUUCUUCGGCAGUUUCUGGGCGUCGAAGAACAAGAAGAAGAUGGCUGCGAUGGAGGCACCGCCACCAAACCUGAAGGCUUCCGCGUCUCUGUCUGAGCGCGAGAGCACCGAGGUCGAAGUCAUCAAGCUUCUUAUAACGUCGUACUUCAACAUCGUCAAGCGCACGAUGAUCGAUAUGGUUCCCAAGGCCAUUAUGUACACCCUUGUGCAGUUCUCCAAGGAAGAGAUGCAACGCGAACUGCUCGAGAACAUGUACCGCAACAACGAACUUGACGACCUUCUGAAGGAGAGCGACUACACCAUCCGGCGGCGGAAGGAGUGCCAGCAAAUGGUCGAGAGUCUCGGCCGGGCGAGUGAGAUUGUUAGCCAGGUGCAGUGAUUGCAGUAGACUGCGAGUUGUGAUUCCCAUUACGUUGAUCCUUCGUUUCCUUUUGUCUUUUCCGUUUUGGACGCGGGUGGGAAAGAUUCGAGACUUCUCUUUUAUUCGAGGGAUAUAUGCCUUAUGUUUAUACUUUUCGUGAUGUGAGCAAGAGUUGCUACGGCCGCAUUUCCUUCUGAUGUCGGGUCUGGAUCUUUCUCACGAAUUUGUAUCGCCUAAUGAUGGAUGCUUUGCGCUUAGAGUAAACAGACUAGUCGUACGUUCAGCAAUGUACAGUACUACCUAUAUGAAGAGGUUGGGCAUGACCCCAGUCCCGCAGACCACAUCGUGCCAGUAGUCGUGGCAAUUACAGCAACAGCAACAAAUGGCAGCUGCAGCCAA